AACAGCGUUUUCCCAUUCUACAUAACAAAAUACGCGUCAAUACAGAAAAAGUGCCCUCUCUUGUCAUGAGUUGUUUUAUCUUGCGUAAUGUAGCUAAGUACCUUAAUGAUGAAGAUUUUGCUGUUGAUUUACCGGGAGAUGGCGAACAAGAAGAAAUCCAUAAUCAACAUGCUGCCGACGUCAGAGAGGUCAAUUUAGAAGAGAUGCAAUAUCAAGAAUUAUUACAAAUUAUGUCGAUAUAAAAGGCUCCUUACUGGGUCCGACUUUCAUUGUGGUAGCUUUCAGUACUGGUCCUGAACUUCCAGAUGCUUCUUCGGUGAUUGUUUCUUCUUCAGUACAGGCUGUUGGAGUGCAAUGAACGCUUUUUUGUGGGCAACCUGCCACAACAGCACCUAAAAUUUAAAAUAUAUGCUAUUUAUAUUUA